AUGCAUUCUCAUCACGAAAAAGCGCCGUUUGUCUGUGCUGCUCUAUUGAUUGUGAUCACCAUUCUAACAGGAAUUGGUACCUUCACAGAUUAUUGGGGUACAAUGACUACCGGUGGCACCACAUUCGCCCACACCGGAUUGUAUCAUUGGGGAAAAUCUGAUGGGAACAACGUCUUCCAAAAACAGCCGUCCUGGUGGAAAUGUGUCGUUGUGUGCCAGUUGAUGGCAUUUUCAUUCGAGCUUUUGUUCCUUAUUUUAGUGAUUCCUGCAAUGAUUUUCCGUAAACACAUGCCAGUUCAUGCUGUUUGCUCAUUCCUUUCAUUUGUGAUUUUCAUUCUCCUCACAAUUUCCGUGAUUGUUUUUGGUGUCAAUGUUGACGAUUAUCAAAAAUUUGGAGUGAAGCUUCGGGUUGGAUGGUCUUGGGGAAUUUCGCUUGCCGCUGACAUUUUGGCAUUCUUCUUGCUUUUGGUGAAUGGAACCUCUACAGGAUUCUCGGCAUAUCAAACCUAUCGAUAA